CAACAGAAACUCCGAGAAGCCAGAAACCGCCGGGAAUUCAGCGUUAGGCAGAACGCACACAACUUUAUAUCCGUCGCGUAGUGAUGACGUUACGCGAGCGCUGUCAAGAGGAGCUGGGCAAGGCUCAGAACGGGCCGUUUUGAUUGGCUACCAGUCUGGCGCGCGGUCUCCUGGGAUCCGGAAGUUGUCUUUCCGCGUGGAAGUCGGCUGCUUUGAGUCAUUAGAGUGAGCCACGCCGAGUCUGUGGGAAUAAGAUGGCGGGGAAGAAAAAUGUUCUGUCGUCUCUGGCAGUUUACGCGGAAGAUUCAGAGCCCGAAUCUGACGGCGAGGCUGGAGUCGAAGCGGUGGGCAGCGCAGCUGAAGAGAAAGGUGGGUUGGUAUCUGAUGCCUAUGGAGAGGACGACUUUUCUCGCCUAGGGGGUGACGAAGAUGGUUAUGAAGAAGAAGAGGACGAGAACAGCAAACAGUCGGAAGAUGACGAUUCAGAGACUGAAAAACCUGAGGCUGAUGACCCAAAGGAUAAUACGGAAGUAGAAAAGCGAGACCCCCAGGAAUUAGUUGCCUCCUUUUCUGAAAGAGUCCGGAACAUGUCACCUGAUGAAAUCAAGAUCCCUCCAGAACCCCCUGGCAGAUGUUCGAAUCACUUACAAGACAAGAUCCAGAAGCUUUAUGAGCGAAAGAUAAAGGAGGGAAUGGAUAUGAACUACAUUAUCCAAAGGAAGAAAGAAUUUCGGAACCCCAGCAUCUACGAGAAGCUGAUUCAGUUCUGUGCCAUUGAUGAGCUUGGCACCAACUACCCAAAGGAUAUGUUUGACCCCCAUGGCUGGUCUGAGGACUCCUACUACGAGGCAUUAGCCAAGGCCCAGAAGAUUGAAAUGGACAAAUUGGAAAAGGCCAAAAAGGAGCGAACCAAAAUUGAGUUUGUGACAGGCACCAAGAAAGGCACCACGACCAACGCCACAGCCACCACCACCACCACCGCCAGCACUGCUGUUGCAGAUGCCCAAAAGAGAAAGAGCAAGUGGGACUCAGCCAUCCCAGUGACGACAAUAGCCCAGCCCACCAUCCUUACCACCACAGCCACCCUGCCAGCUGUCGUCACAGUCACCACCAGCGCCAGUGGCUCCAAGACCACUGUCAUCUCUGCCGUGGGCACCAUUGUGAAAAAGGCCAAGCAGUGACCUGAGGAGCUGCCUUGAGACUUGAAAGGACUGUGUAGCCCAGUGACCGCUGCCCACUAGGGAAGUGCCACUUUGUAUAUUUCAGGACUGGUACCUGCUCCCCAGACGCCACCUGAGAGGAGCUUCUGUGUGACAUUCCAGCCAGAAAAAGGACAUUGCAGCACAGGAGUGGAGCACUGCAAACAGUGUCUAUGCACCACUUGGGGUCUGUCACCCUAUUAAAAGAGCCGUGUUCUGACA